CCCCGCGGUCCGGAGGCGCGCUCUGGCCGACUCGGCGGCGGCUACGGCCUGGGCGAACUGUCCGCGUGCGCAGGCGCGAGCUGUCCCUCGCUGCAGCCCCCCCGCUGCCACCGGCAGUCGCACCCGCCGAGUCUACCCGCUGGACUGUCGGACGCCCCCUCCUCCGCGCUUUAGGCCCCCCAGCGCCCCACGCGCCCCCAUGGCGGAGCUGCGGCCUAGCGGCGCCCCCGGCCCCACCGCGCCCCCGCCCCCCGGCCCCGCUGCCCCGCCGGCCUUCGCCUCGCUCUUUCCCCCGGGACUGCACGCCAUCUACGGGGAGUGCCGCCGCCUUUACCCCGACCAGCCCAACCCGCUCCAGGUGACCGCUAUCGUCAAGUACUGGUUGGGCGGCCCAGAUCCUUUGGACUAUGUUAGCAUGUACAGGAACGUGGGGAGCCCUUCGGCCAACAUCCCUGAGCACUGGCACUACAUCAGCUUUGGUCUGAGUGACCUCUAUGGUGACAGCAGAGUCCAUGAGUUUACAGGAACAGAUGGGCCUAGUGGUUUUGGCUUUGAGUUGACUUUUCGUCUGAAAAGAGAAACUGGGGAGUCCGCUCCACCAACAUGGCCAGCAGAGCUAAUGCAGGGCCUGGCCCGAUAUGUGUUCCAGUCAGAGAACACCUUCUGCAGUGGGGACCACGUGUCCUGGCACAGCCCUCUGGAUAACAGUGAGUCCAGGAUCCAGCACAUGCUGCUGACAGAGGACCCGCAGCUGCAGCCCGUGCAGACGCCCUUCGGAGUGGUCACCUUCCUCCAGAUUGUUGGCGUCUGUACCGAGGAGCUGCACUCAGCCCAGCAGUGGAACGGGCAGGGGAUCCUGGAGCUGCUGCGAACAGUGCCCAUUGCCGGUGGCCCCUGGCUCAUAACGGACAUGCGGAGAGGAGAGACCAUAUUUGAGAUUGAUCCACACCUGCAACAGGAAAGAGUUGACAAAGGCAUCGAGACUGAUGGCUCCAACCUAAGUGGUGUCAGUGCUAAGUGUGCCUGGGACGACCUGAGCCGCCCCCCCGAGGAUGAUGAGGACAGCCGGAGCAUCUGCAUCGGCACGCAACCCCGGCGGCUCUCCGGCAAAGACACAGAGCAGAUCCGGGAGACCCUGAGGAGAGGACUUGAGAUCAACAGCAAACCUGUUCUUCCACCAAUCAACGCUCAGCGGCAGAAUGGCCUCACCCAUGACCGGACCCCGAGCCGCAAAGACAGCCUAGAAAGCGAUAGCUCCACAGCCAUAGUUCCCCAUGAGCUGAUCCGCACACGGCAACUCGAGAGCGUGCAUUUGAAAUUCAACCAAGAGUCUGGAGCCCUCAUUCCUCUCUGCCUAAGGGGCAGGCUCCUGCAUGGACGGCACUUUACAUAUAAAAGUAUCACAGGUGACAUGGCCAUCACGUUUGUCUCCACGGGAGUGGAAGGUGCUUUUGCCACUGAGGAGCAUCCUUACGCGGCUCACGGACCCUGGUUACAAAUUCUUUUGACCGAAGAGUUUGUAGAGAAAAUGUUGGAAGACUUAGAAGAUUUGACUUCUCCAGAGGAAUUCAAACUUCCCAGAGAGUACAGCUGGCCUGAAAAGAAGCUCAAAGUCUCCAUCCUCCCUGAUGUGGUGUUCGACAGUCCACUGCACUAGCCUGGGCUGGGCCCUGCAGGGGCCAAGGGGAGCUCAGGUGUUCCCUGGUGACUUCCGGCGUACCAGCUGCAAAGAAAGACUCCCAGGAAUAAAAGGACAAUGUGAGGAUGACUCCGCAGCCCAGCGGAUGUCAUGCAUGGGCCACCCACCCCACCUUGCUUCCAGCUCUGGCCCCCACCCAGCUGGGGCCAUGGGGCCAGCCCCUCCCCCACCAGGCCAGUGCGGGCAUCCCAGACCCUUCCUCCCCGCUGCGGCCACAGGCUCCGGUCCUCACCUUCUGCUGCGCAGCCUGGUCACAGCAUGCCCAGCUGGACUCAGGCAAGCCCUGGCUGGUCUGGCUACUUCUACCGGGCCACAGGGCAAUUCCUCCGAUCAUGUUUGGUUUUCUUCCUUAUUUUAUUUUGUAGAAACCAGAUGGUAUUUUAUUGCUCAGCAAAGACUUCCAGAAGCCAUGUAUAUAAUGUUUUUAAACCAAACCUUAUUCCCAGAUGAACUUCCUCAUCUGCUGAGAUCAGGACUAGGGCUCUGUCUCCCCACACAGCACCAGAGCAGAAGGCUGCUUCCGGGAGCUGGGGCCAGGGAGAUUGGUGAUGCUUUAGCCGGGCUGGGAAGAGGGGCUGCUGCUUUCCCAGGGAACUGGGCCCUGUAAGGUCUGGGACCCUUAAGGGCUCAGGCCCUUGGUGGUCACACCCUCGUCUCCAGGUCUCUACCCCCAGGUAGGCCUUCCGGGAGAGGCUCAGGCGCACUGCCCCAGACCACCCUACUGCUCUCGGGGCCUGGAUCCGCAGCUCUGACCAGCCGGCUUCCUUUCCUCAUUCCCUGGGCUUCCCAGGAUGCAGGACUCUGGCUGAUUAAAAACUGAAAAUUCACCCUCUCUGCAACUCUUUCACUUUGAUCUUGCUGACACAGCUCUCUGCCUCCCUCCUUCCUUCCAUUCUUUCCCAUCUUUCAUCCCAUCCCUCAUCCUGUUCCUCUCCUGUAUCCUGGCCUCCUGUUGUCCUUGGUACUUGUAUCUCACAAUCUGCCUUCCAGAAGCCAGCCUAUCUCUGGCCUAUGGUUUGGGGGUUCCUUUUGAGGUAUCUCCGACUCCUGACCUGGAAUCAGCAAGCCCCAGUCACCCCCUACUCAAGGAACUGCUACUUCACGAGGACCCUUCAGGCCUCUCCCAAGCAAAGGCACUUUGUCAGGGACCAAGCAGGACUCCUGCCCUGGCCUGCCCCACCAGGGGCACCAGCAGGAGUGUCCAUAAGGUGCAGGGUCUCCAAAGAGAUCCAGCUGAAGGGCCAUGAGGGCCCUGGCCAGGUUCUCGGGGGAGCAGGAUCGGAAUCGGACCUCCAAGGGCCCCACCCCCACCCCUGGCCCUCUGUGCACCACAGGGCUGUGCUGUGAACUCUCAACGCUCAGCAUUCAGGGCGAUCAGCUGGGAGAUAUGGGAGGUGCCGCUCCAGGUCCUGCUGCCGAGAGCCAAGCCUCUCUGGACCUGAUGCCCUGAGGAUUUUUCCAGAAGGCCCCUUACUGGCCUUUGCCCAUGUGGCAACCUUGCCCUUCUUUGACACCUCCGAUGUUUCAGGGGCAGAGAGGUGAGAUGGCAUCAACUUGCCUCCAUUGCUUGCCAUCCUGAGCAGCUUCUCCCAGGUUCUCCCUGGAGCCCUGCCCAAGGGCUUCCUGCUGCUGUUGCCCAACCUCCAUCUGCCUGGCUUGGGGAGAGGUAGGCAAACUUUGCCAUGGGUCUGUGAGGCAUCUGGUAAACAGUUUGCUCCAGCCUGGAGGCUUGGUACCACUAGCAGAGUGGCCCUGGCUGCAGAGCGGGGACGGCAGGAAACAGCAGCUAAGCUCUGAGAGGAAGAGCCCAGGGCGUCUAGGACCUCUCCCUGCUCCCACCACGUGGGAACCCCGUGCACAUCCCCGGUCCUGCGGGCCAGGCCCCAUCAUCCCCUCAGCACGUUGGCUCCCUCAGCCUCCUCCUGGGAAGGGGCCUCCCCACCUGCUGUGCACCCCCAGCCUAAGCAGACUUCUGGGCCCCCAGCUCUGGGGUGGGCUGUAAACAUGGCAGCACCAGCCGCUGUUCUGUUCUGAAGGGCCGGGAGGCUCCUGGAGGCCUCAGGUCUGCUGGGCUCUGGGGCCUUGCAUGUCUUCCUCCCAAGGGCGAGGGCAGGUCCAGAGCCAGAGCCUUCUGCAGACCAGGCCUGAAGGCGAGGCUGGGCUUUGCAGUGGUGUGGGAGCAGGGAGGAAACCUGAAGUCAGGGCCCCUAUGGGGCGGAUCAGUCAAGAGCUCCCAGACUGUAUUUUUAUCUGUUCUUCCCUCUGUGGCUUCCAGGACCUCUACACCAGGUCAGGUGCCCGGGUCCCUGUUACAAGUCAGGAGCCCUGUAGGAAGACCCCUGCUUUUGUACCAGUACCCAAAUACUGCAAUGAGCAGACUUUUGUAAACUUUUCUAUUCGUUUUUAAUGUCAGUGGCGACUCGGUUCCCGGGGCUUCCGCCAGCCCGGGGACUUCUGUAAGAAUUUCUGAGUGACUCACUUAGAUGUCAUCCCCUGCCCCUCUUCUACGGUGUAAUCUAAGUGCAUUAAAUGUAUUUGCGGAAGUA